AUGAAUAGUAUUAGUUUAACUAUGUCUGCUAAUGAAUAUCGGGCAAUAAUGUUUUUACGUAAAGUAUUAGAAAAACACGGUGGUGCAGCUGGUCAAUCUGGUUUAAAUUUACAUGAUUUAAUGCAAUUCUUAUCUAAUAAAGCACCUGAAACUGUUCAAACAACAAUUGGUUGGACUAAAAUUGAAUUAGAAGAAUUUUUAAAUCAACACAAUCUAUUUUUUGAAUUAAAAUUAAUCAAAGCAUCAUUUAAUGGUGAUGAUGAUGAUGAUGAUGGAACAAAUGAUAAUUCUAAUCACCAUAGUGAUUAUUCACAAGUGAACCAACGAUGUCAACAACGUAAAUAUCAACAAUUAUCAAAUUCAAAUAUAGAUUAUAUUAAUGUAUGUAAUAAACGUUUAAAUCGUAUGAUUAAUAUUAUUAUUACUGCAUCAAAACCAAUGGAUUUAAAUGGUAUACGUACAUUGACAAAUCGUUGUGGUAGAAUAUUUCAUGUAGCUAAAUUAUGGGGAAUUAUUGAUUUGGGUAAACAUGAACAUGUAUUCUUUGAUAAAUCAAUAUUUCGUCAUGUAGAUGAUUUACAAAAACAUUUCAAAGUUGAUGAAAUUUUAUAUUUCAAUGCUGUUCUUGCACCGAAAGAGUCACGUGCAAAAUGGCGUGCAACUCAUGUUUGGAAAGAAUGUGAUCGUGAAAAUGUUGAAAAAUUUGGAGCGUUAUCUCAUAUGAAAAAAUUAAAUUCAUUAACCAAUAAUCGUAACAAAACACUCUUACAUAAUAUACAAAACUUUUAUGAAUCCGAUAUAAAUAAACGAAAUGGACAUAACAAAUCGAGAUCACGUGAAGUUGCUAUCGGUACCAUGGAUCAUGAAGGAAAUGUUGGUACUAUGGAAACUACAAUUUCUACUGCUGCUGAUGACGAUACUGAGGUUGAAGAAGAAAUUGAAGAUUUUAUCGUCGAAACGUGUACAAAUAAUAAAGAAAGAGAGUUGGUCAGAUCAAAUCUAAAUCAUCUAGUGGAUAACGAUUCCGACUUAGAAUAUGCUUUAGCUGGUGAUGAGGAGAUUGAGGACGAAGGGGAUGAACCAUUUGUUUCACCGAUAGCACAUGAAGAAGGUUUACAUUUACCAAUUGAUAUAAAAUUUAUACCAGGUGAAGUCGAAGAAGAAAUGCAACGUGUGCUUAAUUUUCAGUCAAAACACAAUCAUAAUAAAACUGGCAUCCAGCCAUUAUCAAACUCCAAAUCAUCAUGCCUUGAAUUAUACGAUUCAAGUCACUCAACAGAAUCAUGUAAUCAAACACAAUCGGAACCAUGUUAUAUAAAAAGCAGUGGUAAUCAUACCAUAACUAUGAUUAAUAAUAAUGACGAUAAUUAUAUUUAUAAUGACAAGAAUAAUGAUCACAAUCGACAUCAUAGCCUUGUGACUUCAUCGACUGAAUCUUCAACGAAACCAAUGAAAAAUACCCUAAAUCAUUUAUCAAAAGAGGAUAGUGGAACAUCAAGUUCGCUAUCUGAAAUGAGUGGUGUAUCUAUAGCUGUCCAAACUGUCUCAACAGGUGAUAUAAUGACAACUCAGUUAUAUCACGAUAAUAAAGUAUAA